AGGGUAUAUAUAGCAUCCUCAAUUACAAUGAACGGCCCAGAUCAAAAGAAGAUCAACGGUUGAGAUUUUGACACCUAAACACCUAAACUCUAAUUAGGGUUUGUUACAAAAAGUUCCCUUUUUUAGAUGAACAUUAUUAAAUGCAUAGCCAAAUAUUUAAUUGGCACAAAAGUUGAGGAAACAUAGACCAAUGAUAAUUAAGAUGCCACAUCAUCCUAUAACAACCUCUCUUCUAGAACCUUGUUCCCUUUCCAAUGCUCUUUCUUAGCAUAUGCAACGAAUUUGGACACAAUUCCUUCAAUCUCAGCAAUAGGAAUCUCAGGAAGGUUCUUCAUUCGUUCUUCCAAGUGAAUGACCUGGUCAAAGGCAGUGAGAAGAGCCGCUUCCCAUCCAGGUUCGAGUUCUUUGAUCUUCUCAAUCAGGAGCAUAGUAGUGAACAUUAGAUCCCGUUGCUCAUCUGUGAUGACAUUCUCAUCUUUGCAAAAGAUGACUUUGACUCUCUCUUCCAACUCUUGGAGGUCCACAUCCGUCUCAACUUCGAUCCGCCUGCCAAGAAUGGUACACAACAACUCAAACACCUUAUCUUGAAUUGGAUGGAUGACGCCUUCAACUUGACUGCAUUUGGUGUUGAUGUCUUCGAAAAGAACCUCUUUCAUCUGGAGUAGAGUUGACCACUGAAGUAGGUUAUGAGCUCCUCCAUCCAUUAUCUUUUCUUGUGCUAGGAUCUUCCUUGGUGUUUGCCUGAUUACUUGCAGGACAGGAAUGAUAACAUCUCUAGUGUGAGCGAAAGCGGCUACAGUUAUCAUUAGAUUGUGGACAAUCUCAAGGACCUGGAUAGCUCGGUGGAUUGUCUUCAUCAUUCUUGUUGUAAAUUCAACAGCUACCUUGUGGGAUUUGUCAAUCCAAGAGCUCAUAAGCUAAACCAAACUCUUGACUCUUUCUGCCUUGCCAACUGAUUCAAGGGGAAGUGCUUGCACAGGAGAUACAGCUGGAUCCUGACGUCUCAAGGGCUGAUUGAGAUGACUAAAGUAGCCUCUCCAAGCACCGACCUCUCUCUCAAGCUUCUUAUUCUUUUCCAUUUCUUCCUUAAGUUUGCCCUUAAGUGCUUCAAAUGAAUCGGUUGCCUCAUCCAUUGCUUGUUCAGUAGUGAGUGGACUAAGCUCAAAUGUUUCUACAUCAUACUCAUCUGCAAGAAUUUCACCUUCAUACUUGUCCACUACUGGUGUAGCUAUCUGCAAUUUCCUGGAUCCUGUCUCAUCCCUUAUCACUUUGGACAUCUUCGUGGCCUUCCUCUUCUCCGUUACUUCUUGAGAAUUUCCUAUAAGGCUCUCUAAGUCAAUUACAUCUUCUUCUUCUUCAAUCACAAUCACCCUUGUCAGUUUCUCUUUCAACCAUAGUUUUAAAAAUCGCCGACUCGCCUUGGACUCGCCACGGACUCGCGAGUCUUUCGCAAAGACUCGCUCGAGUCUUUUGCUCGGACUCGCGAGUCUUUCGCAGGGACUCGCGGGCCUAGAAAAACACGCCCGUAAAGGGUAAAAAAAGAGUUUUUUUUUUGUUUCUCACUUCAUUUUGGUUUUUCUUUGGCCAUAGCAGGUUAGAAGGGUUUGGAGGAGUAGAGGGAAGAAGGAAAAAUCAGCAAGAGAGAUCUAGCAAUGGCAAGUUCAACUCCAAGGGCAACCCCAAGGUCAGGAAGACAAAGAGAUAAAGCUUGGAAAUAUGGGAUUGCAGGAAGCAAAAAGGGGGAGGUCACUUGCACCGAAUGCACAAAAUGGAUGACUGGUGGAAUCAAUAGAUUAAAAUACCACCUUGCACAAAUACCUGGAUAUGGUGUGGAGGCAUGCCCCAAAUCAACUCCUGAAAUUAUUAGAGAGAUGAAGGCCAUUCUUGCUGAGAAUGAUAUGCAUAAGGAAGAAAGGCAAAAAACAAGAGAAGCCAUGGCAGCUGCAAUGAAUCCCACAUUGUCCACUUCGGGUCCCAUUGGUCACAGUCGGGGUCGUCAGUCACUUUCAUCUUUUGGUGACAAUGAGGGUGAGGCUAGUGGCACUCCUGUUAGAUCAGAUUCUAAUUUUUUUGUACCACGCAAUGUUCCAGGUGCACAACCUUCACUUGAAGGUACAGGAUGGAAUAGAGAGAAGCAUGAACAAGCACGGAUAGCAGCUUCAAACUUUUAGUUUUACAAUAAUCUAUCUUUCAAUGCAGCAAACAAUGUGUAUUGGGAAAGUUUUGUUAAUGCAUGUAUAGUGGCGGGUAAGGGGUUUAAGGCCCCAACAGGUCAUGACUUCAGUGGGCCAUUGCUAGAGAAAGCUGUGCAAAAUACACAAGGUGUGGUUGAUGAUCAGAAAAGGUAUUGGAAGAGAAAAGGAUGCAGCAUUUUAUCUGAUGGAUGGACAGAUGGACGAAAUAGGACUCUUCUCAACUUCUUGGUGGCUUCAAAUGGUGCAAUGGUAUUCAUAAAGUCUGUUGAUGCCUCAAAUGAAAUAAAAAAUGCAGAGACUUUGUGUAAUCUGUUGGAUGGUGUGGUUCGGAAAGUUGGAGUUGAGAAUGUUGUCCAAAUUAUCACGGACAACGCAGCUGCAUAUGUAUUUGCAGGUAGAAUGCUUAUGGAGAGGCAUCCUUCGAUUACAUGGAGUCCUUGUGCUGCACAUUGCUUGGACUUGGUGCUAGAGGACAUUGGGAAGAUUGGAUGGGUGAAGAAGGUGGUUGAAGAUGCAAAAAGUGUCACCAAAUUCAUCUACAACCAUACUUGGGUGCUUGCUUUGAUGAGAAAACACACAAAUGGCAAGGACCUUGUGCGAACUGGAGUGACACGAUUUGCUAGCCACUUCAUCACUUUGCAGAGCAUUCUUAGUGCCAUUCCUCAUCUUAAGCAGAUGUUUGUGUCAGAUGCUUGGUUGGGGUCUGCAUACUCCAAAAGACCUGAAGCAGAGAAGAUUGUGAGCAUUGUUUUUGAUGAAGGGUUCAAUAAAAGUGGAGAGGAGUUGACUGCGGUGACAGAACCUUUGGUAAGGGUUCUUCGUAUGGUGGAUGGAGAGGGCAUGCCAAUGGGUUUCAUUUAUGAGGCCAUGGAUAGGGCCAAAGAGGCCAUUUCACAUUACUAUCGUGGAAAUACAAGAAAAUGUGAAAUCCUUUGGUGCAUCAUUGAUCGUAGGUGGACAAACCAACUCCACCAACUGAUACAUGCCUUCACCUACUUUUUGAACCCGAAAUUCUACUUCUCUGAUUCAUUUAGGGCUGAUGAGGAGGUCAUGGCAGGUGUUAUUACAUGCAUUGAUAAGAUGACACCUGAUCCUGAGUUGAGAGACAAGGUUCUUGAUGAGUUGGAGAUCUACAAAAGUGCAGAGGGGAGACUCUUCUCAUCACAACUAGCAAUUGAUAGGAGAGGAAAACAACAACCAGAUUUAUGGUGGGAGAAUUAUGGUGCCGACACGCCUAAUCUUCAAAAGAUAGCUAUCCGUGUUUUGUCUCAGCCAUGCAGUGCUUCUGGGUGUGAACGAAAUUGGAGUGUCUUUGAGAGCAUUCACACAAAGAAGAGAAAUAGAUUGUCACAAAAGCGGCUCAAUGAUCUAGUAUUUGUUCGGUACAACCUUUGCCUUCGAGUUAGACAGGUGGAGGGUGUUUCACAUGAGGCCAUUGACUUGGAUGAAAUUGAUCCAUAUGGUGAUUGGACCAUGAAUGAACAAAAUGAUGGUGAUGAUGUCCUCCUUACCGAAGAAGAAAUUGCAGAAAUAGAGAGAGGAGCAGCACAAGAUGCAGAAGGAGCAAGAUUGGAUGAAGAUGAGGAUGAAGAUGAGGAUGAUGAUGAGGACUUUGACUUUGAAGAAGAAUCAUCUCACCAUUUAGAUACCACAACACCCACUGCUACUACUUCUAGCUCAAGGCCUGAAAAAUUGAGCUAUAUUAGGAAAAAUACAAAGAGGAAGAUGUAGUCUUCUCUUUGGUUUGUUCAUUCACAUUGUUGUUUUUCACAUUUGGAGUUGGACUUGGACAUAUCAUUAUAUGUAAUUUUGUGAACAUUUAUAUACUUAUGCUACCAUUAUACAUUUUAGAGUUGAAAGUUGAAACUUGAAUAUGCUGCCAUGAAUGAUGAAAUUUCAAAUAUUGCGUGUUUGUAGAUCAUAUGACAUGUGUAAUGUUUCAAUUAUGGCACUUAUGUUCUCUAAAUGCAUUAAUUUCUUUAUGUUUUUUUUGUAAAACUACGGUUUUUUUUUUUUUGCCGAGUCUUUGCUGAG